AUGCAAGGUUGUCAUAUAUACAAAAGAAAUAUGGAAUAUUGCCUUCUGAUCAGAUUGUCGGGUGUUACGAUUUUCAAUGGACACAUAAAGGCAGAAGGACAACUAGAAAAAGGUCAGCGUAAAGUACAUAGUGGUCUGACGGUAGGAGUUUCUCCUACUAUAACUACUUCUACUGUAGUUACUCCGGUCCGAACUCCAUUAAAUUUGUUAAAAACACAGCAGCAGCAGCAAGAACAACAACAACAACAAAAUCUCUAA